CUUCGUCAGGUAGACACACGAUUUAGCCUCGCGACACUUCGCGCCAGUCGAGACAUCUUUGUCUAUUGUCUGAAAAUUUCGCCAUUGUCGCACGCUUUCAUCGCUGGCCAGAGACAAUCUUAUAAUUCACGGCGCAUAUACAUUGAACGUGACUGUCAAUAGAAUAGUAAUACUUUUUGUUCGCACCACCUCGACGACUUGCGAACUGGAACAGAUCCUUCCUUGGAUCCUGCCAUUGGCAACGACGCAUCGUAUCAGCCUCCAGCGGAACACAUUAAGCAGAGUAGAUUUCAUCUACCAGCUCUUCCCGAUCGCGUCUGUUCCGAUUGCAUAUCGUUACCCAUGUGACCCAGUUGCACAAGCGCAUUCUCUAUACCAUCGCCGCAUCGCCAGUAUAUCAUACCUACAUCACGCCCUUCGCUAGGUUGCUGGCCCGGUCGAAUUCAUUCAAUCUGAGAAUUCGACUCUUUAGAUACCUACCGCAAUCAUGGGUAUCCCUGCGGCCUUCCGAUGGCUUUCCAACAAGUACCCCAAGAUCAUCUCGCCAGUGAUUGAGGAUAAGCCCAUUGUCAUGGACGAUGGCACCGUUAUUCCUGUGGACAUCACGAGGACGAAUCCCAACGGCGAGGAGUUUGACAAUCUUUACUUGGACAUGAAUGGCAUUGUUCACCCUUGUUCUCAUCCCGAGGACAAGCCUGCGCCCAAGGACGAGGAGGAGAUGAUGCUGGAGAUCUUCAAGUACACCGACCGCGUUGUGAACAUGGUCCGACCAAGGAAGUUACUCUUGAUCGCUAUCGACGGUGUCGCGCCACGUGCCAAGAUGAACCAACAGCGCUCAAGACGAUUUCGAUCAGCGAAGGAGGCCAAAGAGAAGGAGGCAGACAAGCAGGAGCUAUACAAAAUGAUCAAGAAGCAAAAUGGUGGCGUGAUGCCCCCGGAGACGCUUGAGUCAAUGGCUAAGCAGGCUUUCGACUCAAAUACCAUUACUCCUGGAACCCCGUUCAUGGACAUCCUGGCGGGUAGUCUUCGAUACUGGUGUGCCUACAAGUUGAACACUGACCCCGGUUGGGCUAAAAUGAAGGUCAUAAUCUCUGAUGCCACCGUUCCAGGUGAGGGUGAACACAAGAUCAUGGACUUUGUUCGAUCUCAGCGAGCUUCCGCGGACCAUGACCCCAACACGCGACACGUUAUCUACGGGCUUGAUGCUGAUCUCAUCAUGCUCGGCCUCGCAACCCACGAACCCUAUUUCCGUGUUCUCCGUGAAGAUGUCUUCUUCCAGGAAGGCAAGGCGAGGACCUGCAAGUUGUGUGGCCAGAAAGGUCACGAGGCCACCCAGUGCCGAGGUGAGGCCAAAGAAAAAGAUGGUGAGUUUGACGAGAAGGACAAAGCUAUGCCCUUAAAACCCUUCAUUUGGCUACAUGUUUCCGUUCUCCGUGAGUAUCUCGCUGUCGAGCUUGAUGUCCCGGGAUUGCCGUUCCGCUUUGAUGUUGAGCGUGCUAUCGAUGACUGGGUGUUCAUGUGCUCUUUCGUUGGCAACGAUUUUCUUCCACAUCUUCCCGCGCUGGAAAUCCGCGAAAAUGGCAUCGACACUUUGACGGCUAUCUGGCGAGACAAUCUUCCUGUCAUGGGAGGCUAUCUCACCAAGGAUGGCAGCGUCGAUCUGGACAGGGCGCAACUCAUAUUGAAUGGUCUUGCCAAGCAGGAGGAGGCCAUCUUUCGCCGUAGGAGAGCGACCGAAGAGCGACGCGAAGCUGGCCAGAAGCGGAGAAAGCUUAAUGAUGAAAGAAACGGGAGAAACAAUGGCCGCAAUGGCAACAAUGGUGUGCCUAUGGAUCCCCCACAGGCGCUAACCCAUGACAUGAUCAUCAACCGAACCCCUGCUCCAGAUGCUAAUGCAGCGAACAAGAGUGCCGCUGCUGCUCUUAAAAGCCAAAUUCAAGGCUUGAUGGCCAAGGAAAGCACCCAGGAAGCCGCAGAGUCAGAAACGCCGCCAUCUGGGGCCAGCAAGCGUAAGGCUUCCAUGAUCGAGGAUGACGGAGCAAGCACUCCUGGAAGCGAAUCACAAGUCGCUACUCCACCUCCUGUUGUCAAUGUCGACCCAUCUGAAGACACGGUCAAGCUUUGGGAGGACGGCUACGCCGACAGGUACUACGAACAAAAAUUCCACGUUGAUCCGAAGGAUAUCGAGUUCCGACAUAAGGUUGCUCGUGCCUAUGUUGAAGGACUGGCAUGGGUCCUGAGAUACUACUUCCAGGGAUGCCCAGAUUGGGAGUGGUUCUAUCCCUAUCAUUAUGCCCCUUUUGCCCAAGACUUUGUGGACAUUGGCAAAAUGAAGAUCAACUUCGAGAAAGGCCGAAUCUCGAAACCCUUUGAACAGUUGCUCAGUGUGCAGCCUGCAGCAUCGCGACACGUUCUGCCCGAAAUAUUUCACCCUCUCAUGACCGAACCAGAAAGCGAGAUCAUAGACUUCUAUCCCGAAGACUUCGCGAUCGAUCUUAAUGGAAAGAAGAUGGCAUGGCAGGGCGUUGCUCUGCUGCCCUUCAUCGAGAUGCCUCGCCUUCUCGCUGCAGCCGAGAAGAAGUACCCUCUCCUCAGCACGGAGGACGCCGCGCGCAACAAUGUUGGAAAGGAGGUGAUGCUUUUGUCGGAAGCCAACCAAGAGCUUUAUGAUGACAUAAUCAGCCAGUUCUAUUCCAAGAAGCAGGGGUCUCCCGAGUUGAAACUGAAUCCUCGUGUAAGCCAGGGACUAUCUGGCCAGGUCAAGAAGCUGGAUGACUACCUCCCACACGGUUCUCUGGAAUACCCCCUCGAGCGAAAAGCCAUGCCCAGUGUGGACGAUGAUCGGUCAUUGACUGUCCACUACGAGUUUCCUCAGACAAACCAUGCUCAUAAGUCCAUGCUCCUACGCGGUGCGCAGCCUCCUACACCUACCUUGAACCGGAGUGAUAUCGAAGAAUUGAAGGGCAAGCUGCGUCAUUCUGGACGAAGUCACGGCGGUGCCCCCUUUGGUCGCGGAGGUUAUGGUACCAACAACAACCGUGGAGGCAGAGGCGGAGGCAACAUCAACUACGGGCCCGACUCGCGUGGUCAGGGUGGAAGGUCGAAUGGACCGCCUCAUCACAACGGCAAUCAGAACCGAUUCUCAGCGCCCGGCGGUUAUCCUGUACCACCGCCUGGCUGGAUCCCCCCUCCGCCUGGUGUCGCCGGGUUUGGAGCUGGUUUACCACCGCCUCCACCGCCUGCUCAUUACAACAAUGGCCGUGACUCGUAUGGGUACGGUGGCCAAGGUGGAGGCGGCUACGGAGGAAACCAAGGGUACUAUCCUGCUCCACCACAACCACCAUAUAACGGAUAUGGUGGCGGUGGAGGUGGUGGUUCAUAUUAUCCGCCUUCGGGAGGUCAAAAUUCUCGGUCAUACAAUGAUGGACGCGGUGGGUUCCGCGGUGGUCGCAACCACAGAUGAUUCGUUCAUGCUGCUUGGAGCAAAGUACCUUCUGGGUAUCUAAGAAAGGAAAUGGAUGCAAAGGCGCAAAAGCUAUUUUGUUAUAGAUAUAUCAAAUAGCUCAAGCAAAGUUGUAUGAAUAAAAAUUCUCCCUAUUAUCGCCGAUGGAGCAAGCAAGUCGGUGCAGCAGUGAUGCUCCGUACUAGUAUGUCAAUAAAGCAUAGUAUGGACGCGUUGGACUAUCCACGUUCAACUCGAACCUGGGACGUGCAGCAACUCAGGACAACCUCAACGGCUAAAGGUUGUUAGCCCCGCGCCAGGCAUCGACG